UGCAUUUUAUUUUGCGAAAUUUUCACCAUAUUCAACAAAUACAAAAUCGAGAAAAGAUGAUAAUUCAACGAAAAAACAAGAGAUACGAGUUUUUAUGGGCCCACAUAAGGGCAGCAAAGGCCUUAUCUUUUGGUCUGUUUUACUCUUAUCAGAUGUCAAAUUUCAGAUAAAGGUUAGAAAGAACAAUUUUACCGUAGCCAGGCUACAGUAGGACAUCUUCAUUUUAAUGACAGAACAUUCCAUCUAAUUAAGAUUAGAUACUAUGAGAAAGGAUGCCACGUGCCUACCUUGUGAGGAAGUUAAAACUUGUAAUAUUUUGCUGCAUUGUAUUCAUUCUUCUCUAUGGUGGAAACAUUCUCAGACAAGCCAUCAGGGAUCGGAAAUGUUCAGAGGAAGAGUCCAAAUUCCUAAUGGAUGAAUUGUGUCACAACUAUUCUACACAUGCUGCAGCAGGAAAUAUGUGUCCAGCUUUGUGUACUUCUAAAAAGUUAAAAUAUAACAAAUGUACCAAUUACAGGGGAGGUAAGAAAGUCCUGAUAGCACAGUGUGAUGGAGUUUGCAAGGAGGGUAGUACUGUAAAAGCUGUCAUCAAAUCCAAACAUCCGAAAGAAGAAUUCCGUUUUGAACCUUUAGAUUUAGAAAAACAUGCCAAUGGAUCACUGACACAAAUGGGAUAUAAAAUGGCUCAUAACAUCUUUAAGAGUAUGCUCGAUUCACAGAUGUUGGAGGAAAGAGACAAGAUAAGUGACAUUUUCUCUUUCUUGUGGUCCCUUGAUGUUGAGCAGUAUAAAAUGGAAAACAGAGAGCUUAAAUCAGCUGAAAUGACUGCUAUGCAAAACAUCUGGGGACUGAUCAAUCAAGAUGAAUACCUCUUUAUGAAAGUUCAUCAAAAACAGUCUUUUGUUCCAAAAAUGUAUGGCACUUGUGGCUUUUAUUAUGUGAUGGAGUAUGCACCUCCAGGGGACAUUCUUGAUCCACAGUUUUUCUCAGGCAGUGGUUCGUCUUUUGAAGAGCGAGCUAAAACAGCUAUUGAUAUCUUAGAUAUUGUACAAUCUUUAGACUAUGGCUUUUAUGAACCGGUACACAUGUGCGAUGUGAAAGCAGAGAAUUUUGGAAUUGGUGAAGAUCAACAGGUGAAAAUACUAGACUCUGACUCUUUAUUUUUUCAUACAUCCAUGAUGAAAAAUUUAGCCCAACCAUCGUGUACAAAUCAUGACGAUUGCGACUUUUUUGAUUGCCGAGGCUGGUGUGAAUUAGAGACAGGAAAAUGUACAAAACAAAGAUCCAACAACAAUUUACAGACUGUUUGUGAAGACAUCCUCAUAGAUAAACCAACCAAUUUUUAUGCAGGACUUCUUCACAAUCCACCAUCAGAGUUUAAAGAAGAGUUAUUGCCCCUUCUUGAAGAGUGUGCCUAUCCCGCACACUCCAAAGGAAUAGUCCGGAAGCCCACCUCCGACGACGUGUACUGGAAACUUCAUAAUCUUUUAAAAAGGAUCAUACGGGAAUCCUAAAUGUAACACUUUUAAUUAGUGAUCCAACUUUCGUUGAAAUUGGACCAUUUGUUCAGAGGAACUUUAUUUUAUAACUUGUUUUAGCCAAAUUUUAGCCAUAGAAAAGGCACCAUGGUCUUUCAGCGACAUCCAAAUUUCCAGGUAUCCAACAAAAUGAUGAAGGUUAGAGAAGAGGAAAUUACUAUGGGAAAUCUGACACUGGACAUUUUUAUGUGUAUUCAGUUAGAGAGGGAAAGUGCAGCUAAUGGGCACAAAAAAUAGACUUCUCUCACAUAAACAUGUAUGUUGAUUUAAAAAACGUUAUGAAUUAUAUUGCAGUAAAAUAUUGAUUCAUUAUUUAAUCUAUGCAGUUACUGGGGCACCACCAAGUAUGACCUUUAAUUUAAAAAAAAAUUCUGAUUUGUAAUGAACAUAUAUAAAUUGUAUAAAAAGAACUAUAUAUAUAAACU